ACACGCGCGACGACGACCGUCGAGGCACGCGAAACCAACCAGGACGCCGUCUCGAAACAGCAGUCGACACUGACUUGUAUUAUGUCACAGUAGCAAUCGCACUUUGCUAACCAUGACGAGUAUCUCUGGAUCGUAUACCUCCGGGCAACAGCCUUCGACCGGUGACAGUAACACUUUCGAGAUAUCACUGCUUCAGUCUGAUUUCAUAUUGGGCGACGAUGGUGACAAGUCUGCGCGGAAGCCUCUCUUUGCGAGCUCAACAGUUGAAAAUGAGGACCAACCCCAGGAGGACGAGACAAAUCCUGCUAGAGAUGGAAAUUCGUUCUCGUCGUCGUCUUCGGAAGACUCUACAAACGGCGUUGACGAUGAAGUUAGCCACGCUCUCCCUGUGCCCCGUCGCAAUCAGCACGACACUGGUGAUCCCGAAAAGACCAGCACAAACACGUCCUUAAUGUCAAACCUUCCAGCCUUUGGCUCACCUCUCUCCCCCUCAGACUCGGGCCUGCCAAUCGCGGUCUCGACACCGGCCUACUUAUUCACAUCACGCUUCUCCGGCCCAUCACCGCCCAAGAUCAGCGCCCUGAGCUCCGCGUCGUUCGCGUACUCAAUCAACUCCCGAAGCCCGGCUGCAGCGGGUGGCAGGAACGGCGGGGAUCUGAGUAUAGGAAACGGCUCCGACGGAUUUGCGAAUUUGGGAAGCGAGAUUCUGGCGAGUGCGCGAGCGCCGUUUUCGAAAUCGCCUAUUGCUUCGCCUUCCGUGUCACCGGCUGCGUCACCGUCGCAGUCUCCCAGGCAGCUAUCGACUGACUGGGCGCAGGGAGCGGUGUCUGAUGAAGAUGAUGAGGAGCAGGAUGAUUUCAGUGAUGGAGAUGAAGAUGAUGAGGACGAUACCAGGGCGACUUUUGAGAGCGCCAAACGUGAUGAAGAGCGACUUGCGAAAUUGACAGCACCAUCGUCACCGUCUCGAUCAACCACUCUGCCACCUACCAAACCCCAAAACUCAAGCCGAUUCUCUUUACUACCGUCAUUCAUUCUUCCAACAAGAGAGAGCUCCAAGUCGUCAAACUCAAGCGAGAGAUCAAUCGAGACCUCUGUACGGUCUCGAGCCAAGGCUAGCCCGCUAACCUCGCCCUCGCAAUCACCGACACCGACGCCCUCUGUGCGCGCUGAAGAGCUACUUUCGACCAACUUGCGCGACAGCUUUAGUCUCUUGACGUCUCCAACGAAUCGCAGUAAGGCAAACAUGAGUAAAGCCGACGAGAAACGACUUCAGACCCCAUUCGAGCCUGUUUCACGAAACCUGGCAAAACCGCCUUCUCAAAAACCCGAGUCCCAGCCUUUCUCAAAAAAGUCGCCUCAAAGUCUGCCAAAAUCUUCGCCGUCCUCGACUUCAGACCACACGACUACUUCUCCGGCAAAGCCAAGUCCGCGGCGCUCGCCCGUAUCCCAGAUUACCUCGCGGUCUGCGGAAAACUCGACGCCGUCUUCGUCGCCGCGCAAGAUGCUUCGUGACUUGUCUAGAGUUAUUACGUCGCCGACCGCGUCUGAUACGUCAAGCACGCGUGACUCUGAGAGCACGCGGGAGAGGAUUCUGAGGAAAGUCGAGCUUUUGAAUAAGGAUAUCAAGUGGACGAAAGCCGACUUUGACGAGAUGACUCGGUUUUUUAAAGAGAUGGGCGAGGAUAUCCCAGGAGCAGAGGUCGGAGUGGAGAGCAGUCCUGCAAAGCCGCAAAAUGAUCAAGAGCAGGUCGUGGAUAAAGUAGCGAGCAAGCAGUUGAGCGUGGACGAGGUCUGGGGAGUCGACUUGCCAACCCACCGAGCAGUCCAGUUCUUUAUGAGAAUGCUGUGGUACGCAGUCAUCAUUCUUCUGCUGCUGUUCACGCAGCAGUUCUGCUGGUUCCUCAUAUUUUGGUACAAAAGACAUACGGGCGAUCCAGUAAUGAACGACAUCGGUCCCGAGAUCGCGCUGGGCAUGAGACGUACAGUACACAGGUGGAUGUGAGCGGUACUCUCUCGAGCUGUAUUUUUAGUUGUUCAGGAAAUGGUGUUUUUGGUGCUGCUUGAGGUUCUUUGUUUUCUUAGCUUUAUAAU